AUGGUUCAAGGGAUUUCUGAAAUAGCUGCGGUGUGUGUUGGCCUAGUCGGCCUGAUAGGGGCAGCUGCGACCACCGGGAUGCCGAUGUGGAAGGUGACCGCCUUCAUCGAGGAGAACAUCAUUGUUAUGGAGACCCGCUGGGAAGGUUUGUGGAUGAACUGCUACAGACAGGCCAACAUCAGAAUGCAGUGUAAGGUGUACGACUCCCUCCUAUUUCUGCCCCCAGACUUACAGGCAGCCAGGGGGCUGAUGUGCUGCUCUCUGGCCCUUUCCGGACUGGGGCUCCUAGUGGCCCUGGCAGGGAUGCGAUGUACCUCCUGUGUUCAAAAUAACGAUCGUGUGAAAACCAUCAUCUUGAUGGUUGCGGGUGGCAUGCAGUUCAUGGCGUCCAUAUGUGUCUUCAUCCCCGUGUCGUGGACAGGUCAUGUGAUCAUCAGAGACUUCUACAACCCUUUGCUGAUUGACGCCCAGCGCAGGGAGCUGGGAGAGGCUUUGUAUAUCGGCUGGGUGACAGGUGCUUUUCUCUUCGCCUCAGCUGUGUUGUUUGUGUGUCGGCGUGUUUCAUCAAACAAGGACUCGUUCGACCCGUACCACCCGGUCAAUAUGGUCAGGUACAAGCCAGUGCUGAACCAACCAGCCCCGUUCAGGUAUGAGCCUGUUUCAAGCAUUUCCAGUAUGAGGGCAACUCCAAACCAGCCCAUUCUGCAGAGCAACAGCUUUGUUGGUAACCAACCAGCUCAAGUGAUGCAAAAUGCACCUCUGUCAAACAACGUCGGCCUCAGCAGCCUCCCCGCUGUGUACGACCCACGGCUGGUAGGAAACGGGCUGUUGCUUUACCAAAGCAACUCGAGUCGCCAUCCCUCUACUCGGAGCUCUAACUUUGUUGGAAGCCUGCCUACACCAGGAAACUCUUUGUACACGAGUCAGCAGACUUCUCCAUAUUCAUUAAGUUAUGCAGGCAAUCCGUCCGUGUCCUACAACUCCAGUUUUCAUGCGGUUCCACAAAAUCCUGUUUUCAUCGGAUACAGCAAAUCAGUAGUUGCACCUGAGUCUCACGGCGGCAGCAGUGUUGGUUUGUACAUAUAAUGAAAUGGGGAGAAGUUGCACUGCUCAGCUGUA